AUGAGCAACGCCAUCAUCACCUCAUCGGUCGCGGCGUCCAAGAUAGAUGCUCUGUCGAAGUACGUCGACUUGUACAGCGACUUGCCAUCAUUGCAGGAGGUUAUCGAUUAUCAUCACGUGAAGAGCCAAGCUGAGCACGUUCAGGUGUGUUAUGGUAAUGUUGAUACUGUCCGAUCGUUGCUCGAGUUGUCGGCCUCGGUCAUCGGGGGUCAUCCGGAAGGCUGGACAGCGCUUCAUAUGGCGACUCAUAUGAACUCUGCGGAAAUGGCGCACAUGCUGCUUGAAGCUGUCCCUCGAGAAGAGUUGUCCAUGGCCGAUCCAGUGGCCCCCUCGGGCCCUCAUGGUUUGACUCCACUCAUGACGGCAUGCCAGAACAUCAGAACAGAAGAGGCGGAGGGUAUCGUAGAGGAACUGUUGGGUAUUGAAUCAGUAGCGGCAGGGAUCAACACUCCUUGUGAAGCAUCAGGAUCGAUCUACCGAGGGUCCGAGUGGCCCUUGUCGGCAUGCUCUAUCACCAAUGAUGCUCCAGCUAGAUACACAGCCCUUCAUUUGGCAGCGGACUCGCACAGCAGUCUGCCGAUCGUACGUUGCCUCCUUGCUCACGGUGCAUCGCCGCUGAUAAGAGCGAGAAAUACUGCCAAGGGGUUUGCUUCCGGUGCCAUGCUCAGCGUUACUGCACGGGAAGCUGUCAAAAAAGCAUGGCCGCAUCACAAGAGGAUUGCCAAUUCGACUUUGCAUGAGUAUUUUUCAUUUGAUUUCGGUUUGGUUCGUCCCGAAGAGCUGUACACGAAGAUGCUUUCAUUCACUUUGGCUCUGUUGGCCUCGGUUGGAUUGGCUGGAGCCGUCCUGUCUGCACCUCGUGAUCGUCUAGAUCAUGAUCACUGUACAGCUACUGCUGUUGAUUGUGCCGCCACCGCUGAUGGUGGGUGCAUCGCUGCGACGAGUGCUGAUGGAAGUCCUCUCGAUUUCCGAAUGGUUUAUGUUCCACCGAAGACUUACGGACCUGGUGAGAAGAGGGCUGUCUACAAACAGUUCCAAAACUAUCCGAGGAUUGUUGAUGCCUCUCGAGCCCCAAGUUAUGCUCCCACCUCUCCCGACCAGAAGCCCAGUGUACCUAUUGGGUAUAUUGACAUGCCCGAAGGGACGACUUAUGGCUAUUGGGAUGCCGCUUAUGGUGUUAUGAAUGAAGCCGGUUUAUCAAUGGGUGAGAGCAGUUGCAGUGGUCGUUUGAGCUCCGUUCCGAAAGGAGAUGGCCCGAACGGUAGCGGUGCCUUGUUCUGGGUGGGUGAAUUGUCUGAUAUCGCUCUCGAGUCUACCUAUGAGAUCGAAGAUGAAUUACUCCUACCUCCGGAUGAUAAUUUGGUUCGUGAUGAAGACGCUAUGGAUAAACCUACGUUUGCUGUUUCUGAUGAUCCUAUUAUUCAUACUGUAUAUCAGAACGAAUGGUAUCGUAUUACUACUCAUGAGACUGGUACUGGUGAUCAUUAUUUUGCUGCUGAUAUUUGUAUCCAACUCUAUGCGUAUAUGCAAAUCCAUACGUUAAAGUCAUUGUCCUCAAAGCUGUUGGUAUGGUUUAAAGGAGAUUUAUUGAGCUUUACUCGUCUUAUAUAUGAUAUCUUACGUCUUCAUGAGGAACUUCGUUUGCUUAAGGCCGACAAAGCGACUGAUGAAGCACUGGUUGGCUAUGGCCCAUCUACUGAGUGGCUCCAUGCCGCUGGCUUCCAGGACUUCCAAGCCACUCCAGCGCAGUUCACGGAGUUGAGACGUCGUUACGAGAAGACUCAGAAGGAAGCCGAUGAAAUCCGCGACUCGGCAUUAAAUGCGUGA